AGCGCCUCCUUGGAACGCGGCGACACUCUGCCUCCGCUCUGUCUGGUUUAAGGAGCCGCCCCAAGAGGCCUUCACUUUCAGGAUCUCUGCAAGCAACUGGGCUCGUGUCUGCAGAAGGUUUGCUGGAUCCAAAGAGUCCAGGACCCUUGACUGCGGAGGAUGGAGGCUGACGAGUGCGUCUGCCCUAGAACACCGCACUCGGUUCGGCGUGCGGGGAGGUGUAUUCCGCUUUAGAAACAGCCUGAUCAUCUCCAGCGAGGGCCACCUUCCGAGAUGUCCAAAAGGCCCCGCUCCCAGUUGGAGCAAGACAUCCCAGGAGGUGUCCGCCAUGAGACACGCCCGCAGCCACCGCAGCUGUUCCGCCGUGGUGACCGAAUGGCGGUUUGUGACCACAGCCUCCCGCCCCAGGAGCAUGGGAGUCCUGUGGUGGUGAAUGAAGUGCCAGAGGCGGCCGAGAAUUACAGGAAGUUAUUCCAGGAGAUGUUGGACACAUUGAAGGAGAAACUUGUGGCAGCUAAAAUCAUACUGGCUGAUGAACAAGAAAGAAUGGUGAUGAUGCAGAAAGAGGAGCAGAAUUUUAAAGAAAUGAUUGAGUCUGAAUAUAGCAUAAGGAUCCGGUUGAUGACUGAAGAAAUUAGGAUGAACUUGCAAAGCCUGCAAGGCAGAUUCAACCUGGAUUUGAGACAAACCAGUCAGAACCAACUGAUGGAAUUUUCCACAAAGCUAAAGGAGAAGUUCCAGGAAACACUACAGAGACUGAACCUUCUGGGAAGAGAGAACAUGAAGAAACUAAAGGAGAGUGAAGUCAGGCUUUCUGAACAGAUCUGCAGCCUCCAGCAGAUCACUGUGGAGCUCGAGGAGAGGUGUAAGCAGCCCGCCUCAGUGUUGCUCCAGAAUGCAAAAUAUGCUUUGGAAAGGAGUGAGUCACUACUGCAUCAGUUUCUACAGCCCGCCCAAAUCACAGACCUGAGUGUGUGCCAAAUAACAGGAAUGAGCAAAAUGCUCAAAGUGCUGCAAAGACCUAUAACUUUGGACCCUAAAACAGCUCAUCCCUAUCUGGUCUUGUCCGAGGAUCUAAGGAGUGUGAGACUUGGAAACGUGCAGCGUGGUGUACCUGGUCACCCUGAGAGAUUUGACUUCAGCGCCACCGUGUUGGGUGUGCAGAGCUUCACCUCAGGGCGGCACUACUGGGAGGUGGACGUGGGCAAGGCGGCGCAGUGGCAGCUGGGCGUGUACAGGAGCUCCGCUGUCAGAAACAGUUCCGGAAAUAAGGUCUUACUCACAGGAUCUCUCAUGGGAACUGAUCACACCUUCUGGGCUUUUCCCCCUUUCAAAAGGGUCUCCUUCAGAGAGCGAGUGCACAGAGUUGGAGUUUUCCUGGACUAUGAGUAUGAGCAGAUAUCGUUCUAUGAUGCCGCAAAGGGCUCCCUCAUCUAUAAUUUCUCUUAUCUCGCCUUCCAGGGAGCUCUCAGGCCUAUAUUUUCUCUCAGUAUCUCCAGUGGAGGUGUGAAUUCAGACUCUCUGACUAUCUGCCUCCCUCACGUUUCUCCUUGUAAUGAUACUGUUGGCCCUCAGUCCUCUUCAAGGUGUGAAAUCUAAUAACCACGAGAGCCCAGAAUGUUACAGGCAUGACUUUGUAUAAAUAAUUUUACAAAGUAAGCCAGUAAAAGAUUUUUAGCACUUGAGUUGGAACCCAGUUGAACACCCCAGAGCUUUUGCAUUCAUGCAGCCCAUAGGCUCAUAAGAGUUGGACACGACUAAAGCAGCUUAGCACGAAGGCACAGCAUGGCUUUCAACACCCUUUUCGUGGAAGUGGUUGCAUUAAAGCUGAAUCGUGAAUGAUAAUAACUAAAGGACCCCAUGCUAAUUAGAACAGCAAGUGCCUAUGCAGCAUAAGAUUGGGAAAUUAGAGGAGAAAAUAGUCUGGGAUACUUAAGACAGGGUUAAGGACUCUUGAGAUUUCUGAAAACAGAAUUGGGUAUAAUCAAGACUUUAGAUUUGAGAAUGUCACCAAACUGACAUGUGGAAUGGAGACAUCCUAUUCCUGAUGCUGUCAAAGAGUUCUAUCAUCAUUCCACAUGGAGGACAACUUAAUUUCCCCAGAUACAUUAUCUCGGUGGGGAGGAGGUAUUGCAGAAAAUGUGAGUAUUUCCAAGUUGUUUCAAGUAUUCUAUUUCUUUCUUAUAGGAAAAUUAAAUUUCUUAAAAGAAAUUAGACGGUUUGCUGCUUUGUAGUGGUGUUUUGUGUUUGCCUUCGUCUUUCUCUAUUUGAUCACCCACUGAAAAUUUUUUUCUGUAGCCUUGCUUGGGGCUUCGUACAAUGCUAAGAAGACAAUGAAAUAUUUAUUAGAGGAACUUUUAGUGAAAGGUUUAUCAUGCUGGAUCUCCAUAUUUUUAGCAGCCUGUAAGGGUGUAUUAAUCCUUAUUACUUGAAUGUAGAAACUGAGGCUCAAAGGUGAUCUUGGCUGAAGUGUUGCUCUGCAAAGCAGCUAUAUUUGAUAUAAUAAGAGCAAAUCCUGGAACAUCACUGCACCAGUUAUAGCUUCUUAUAUACAAACAACAGUUGCAAUUUUUUAAAAU